GAUUAUUUGUAUUACGUAGUUGGACAUCUAAAUAAAUAAAGGGUUUAUUAGAAGCUUCAACUUAUCCGUAAUCAAUGCCCUAUAUUUUGAUCAGAGGUAACCUCGCAUCUUAUGGCCAUAAAAACCCUUGGCGUGUUUUAGUAUCCGGCUUAAAAGCUGGUGAAAUUCAGCAGCUAAAAAGAUUUGCGUGUGGUGGCUACUCUGAUGAUUCUACCAUUGUCUACUUGCAGCACCCCUGUGUAAUACUGAGCGCAUUAGAGGUUUUGGGUUACAAAGUGGUUGCAUCAAGUUCUACAGCAGUCAAACAAGACUAUAAUGAAUACAUGUGGACUAUGAGAAAGGAAUUUUCAGAACCGGAACCAACACCAUCAGUGAUUGUAGAGCAGGACAAUAUUACAAAUUUUAGCAAAGAGGCUAUGCACUUUGGUAACUAUCAGCAGCCUACAAAAGACGACGAAGUGUAA